ACAGUAUAUCUGUCAGCUAACUAUAAGUCCGUUGAGCUGAGUCGAGUGUACAUCAGUAAGGUGAAAUAGUAAGCUUGCUCCUCUGCCUCGCUGCGUGCUCCUCUCAUUGGUUCGUGUUGGUCACGUGACCCGAGUACUGCUCUCUGAUUGGCUGGUUGAACUGGCUGCGUGCUUGCGAGGAGAGUAAUCACAGAGGACCCCCCUACGUGGUAUCGUGUGAAAAACGUGGUCACAGCUCUCAGCUCUCUCGGCGGCCUCCAGGAGCAGGCUCAAUGAAAUCAGCCCGGAAAAACAGAAUCAUCGACGUUUUAUAGUCUAAUGUUAUGAAGUGGGGAACAGACUUUUUACCCUUCGCAAUUAUAAUUCAAAAACUUUAAUCCUCCCUUAUUUAUAGGGUUAGAACUGGUUUUCAAGGUUUGAGUUUGACUCCGGAUAAUUCUCGAGGUUAGAACCUAUAACUAUAAUUGAGGUAUUGACAGGGUUUCAAAUUGGGGAGUUAAAAGGACGUCUAUACAAACAUCUGAUUUGGGAACGAACCAGUUUCAUGUCAAUUAAAGAAUAUCAAUGACUGAAAUUAACCAAGAAAGUCCACCAUCCUAACUGCUUUAAAGAGAAGGUCUAAGGAGAAGGUCUAAAUAGUAGUUCUGAAGAAUUGGUGGCAAAAGUCCAGCUGUCAAUAAAAGCUCUCUUUUUCCCACCGAGACAGACAGAUGAUGCACGGUAGUGCCAGCUAGGUGACUAUUGAUACUGCCACGCGUUACCAAUCACCCCACCGUGGGAACCGUGGGCCCUGUGCCGGAACUGCGGGCCCUGUGUCCCUGAAUUGCGGCCCUGUCCCGGGCUACACGCGUGUAUAUAUUCUACCUGUCAAAUUGUGUCGCCCCGGUGACUGUACCGGCAGUGAGAGGGAUUGUUGGGGAGGUUAGCGGUAUACACAAAGAUAUAGCUGUACAGACCCACUGAAGUGCUGAGCAGCACUAUUUGGUGAAUUAGCGGAUUUGAUGAUGUCAACCCCCUAUUAUUCUCCUCUCUUCAUAACACGAGUUGCCCGACCGACACACAACAAUGACAAUUUGUCCGCUGAUAAAGUUCUCCUAAGGGUAUCCUCGUGUCAGCUAAUGAGAUCUCACUUAAUUACCGGGUCAGGUCACGUGAGCAGCAAAUAGCUUUCCAGACAGAGGUUUAUGGGCUGGUGGGGAGCUGGUAUUGGUGGUUUCUCCUCAUUUACAUAAAGCUGGCUGCAGUGAGCUUGAGGGCGGGAUAAGUAAUGUUUCUAAUUAAAGUGUCAUUCAGGUCAGGGAUCAGGGGCGUACGUGUAGAACACUGUGGAUUUCAUUACGUGCCGCUGAAACUAAUAGGAUUAGAGUGGUUUACAGUGGCAGCUUGCUGGAACCGGUUCACUGUGGAGAGGGAAAGUGGUGAAAAAUGAGCAUCUUUACCUUUACCACCUUUACCACCUUUACCACCUACUUCAUAGGAGUUAGGAUCCCACUGCUUGGGGGCCGGCAUGUUUAAAAUCGUGAGCCGUGGCUAAAUAACAGCAAUCGUGUUAAUAUUAUCAUUAGCUCCCGUCUAUACUUGUUGUUGGAUCAUGUUUCAAGACUGUCAGCUCAACUUUCAACCAGGUUUACCCCCCAAAAUAGCUACGUUAACUACUCGACAAACUUUUCCCACACUCCGGAAAUAUUCAGCGUUUUCAAUUUGUCGCGGAAUCGUGGGAAACAUUAAUCCUUGCUGCUCUGAUCUGAUUGGUAGAUGCCAUGCUCCUGGGAUCACACCAUGCCCCGUGAUUGGUCAACGUCACUUUCCUGUCCUCUUAUUGGUGGAGGUGCUCUCAGUGGAAAGAUCCAGGGCUACUAUAGCUAUCAGGGAAUAUCAUACUUACAUCACCCUCUAAUUGAAUAACUGGAAUUACGAGUAUCGUUUGACCCCUGAGGGGCUGCAGUGACACACUUCCAGGGGAACAUACCGGAACUUGAUCUGGUGUGUCAUUAGCAAAACCAUCUGCAGUACAAGUGAAGUCACACUGCUUGCUCAUGACGUCACCAUGAAGGCGGGUGACGUCACGAUAAAACCAGAACGUGCCUGACAAUCCUGAUAUUCGGUCUACCGCAGCGUGCGUGUCGCACGCGUUCUCACGCUCUCACUACAGCAUCUCCAAUUUUCCCACGCGAUGGCAACUCAUUAAUAGCUCCUGCAGAAAGCUCGCCGCUCCAACUCGACAAGUUCUCAUAUUGGUCAGACUUUCUCGUUCGCUAAUCUGAUUGGUCGAGCCGUGCCGUUCUGCGACGUGAUUGGUUAGUGGAGGGUGUAGAAGCUCGUUCCCACGGUGAGAUGGCCAGGGGGCAUGCUCCCUCCCUCCCUCCGCCUUCUCUCGUAAAACCCUGCUCGUUGUUUUUGUCACUGAGAGGACCGCAGCUCCGUAAAAUGAUAACAGACGAGGGUUGCAAGUUGCCCAAACCACUAGUUGAAAAACGACGUCGAGCCCGUUUCAACAAGAGUCUAGAAGAGUUGAAACAUUUAGUUCCCGAAAUGGCCCACGGGGCAAUCAGAAUGGACAAGGCAGAUAUUUUGGAGUUAACAGUGUCACAUUUGAAGGCUUUACAAGAAGAAUGUGCGAGCGAUAUGGACGGCAGCUCAGAUCCGUCGUACAAAGACGGUUUCAAACGGUGUAUAGACGAAACAGCUAACGUCAUCCUCAACACGCCCGUACCUGAGGAAAUCAAGCAGCAUUUCAUCACACAACUCAAAGUCCUGUCCCUGGGCCAAGAGAACUACUCGCCCCUGACCCCUGAGUACGAGCGGCACGACCUCAACAAUCACCCCAAGUACAACCCCCUGGCUAACAGUUCGGGGGUAUUCGCCCCCGGCUCUCUUUUCCCCUCCGUAUCACCUCUCUCAACCACUACCUCUCCGUUGCAGCUCAACUCUUCCCCCUUCGAUCAAGACAGACAGAGUGCGUUCAACACGGUCGAGAGUCGGACAGUUAUCAAACAGGAAAUUCACAGCCCUGAACAGUCACAACAAAACAGUAACAAAGCCAACGGAAUCUGGAGACCGUGGUAGCGAACGCUUUUCUCGUUGUUAGGGGAGGUGCGACGGAUAAUUUUGAGGACGAAUAAAAAAUCGCCAAUUUGUUCAAAUCAAAAUUAUGGUCGUAUCCCCCUAGUUAAGCGUGUCGUCAUUUUUAGUUCUGUUCGAAAAAUAAUGUCCAUGUUCGACAUUCCGAUACAAACAUGUGUGCAAGAGUUGUGAAAGAAAUAAUAUUUCGUUUUACGUUGAAGAAAGUUGAAGUAGAAAGAGAACCGAUGACGAUUUAUAUUUUGACAGUUUUAUUACAGAAAUGUUCUGACAUAUAAUGCUGAUAAUUGCGAGACGUUAAGUGCGUUGAACUUCAAGAUGUCCGCCUUGCUUGAUGUCUGAUUGUAACCGAAGGUCAAAGCAUACAACCGCUUUCCAGCUUGUAAAUAGUUUUGUAUAAAAUUAUGGAAUUGAGUUUAUUGUAAAUAUUGCUUUGUGGUUUUAUUUAUAAAGAGUUAUUUUAGCUUUAAAGAACGUUCAA